UCUGUAAUUUCAUAAAUUCAGAAUUUGAAAUCCUUAAGCAAACCAGCAAAACACGUAGGAGGUUUCAGCAGUUUAAGAUAUUCCAUGCAAUGUUGCAAAGUUAUCCAUGGAAAAUGACACCUGUGGCUUUGAGACUGUUGUAGUAACCACUACCCUGGGUAAAAUUUCGUUUUUGCACUCAGACAAAUACAGCAGGCUCUUGGGUAAGAAUGCAAGAACUCACACGUUGUAAUGCACAAUUGAUUAAAAUAAGUAAUAAAAAUUAAUUAAACUAUUAAGAUGCCAGAAAGUUUCCAGCUUUAUAAUAAUGGUAAAUAACUCCCCUGGCCCGUCCAUGUAAUAUCUGCACUGUAGGGGUGUUCCCCAGUCAGUGAUUGCUGGUUCAAUUCUGCCCUCUAGAGGAGAUUUAUUUUUUUUAAGAGAAGCAGAUAUUAUGCAACUUUUAUGCUGUGACAGUGUCUCUUAAUUUACAGCAGACGUGAUUUUUGUGUAACUUUACGGUUUGAAUAGAUAUUUGUAAAACCAGGAGUGCAUGGAUAGAACCUUCAUUUUAUUUUCAUUUCUUUCUUGGGAAAUACCAUUGUAUUCUCAUGUUUUUUCAGUCCCACUGUUGCCCAGAUAAUUUACAGUGUUACACAAAUAAAAUCUACCUGUAGUAGGCCUUCUGACACAUUUCUAUUUUUAAAAUGUUGAGCAUGGAAGCUCUGAAUUAUUUCCUUUGUAGGCAACAGAUUUCUCCUUAAUAUAUGCAAAAUAUUAAUAACUACAAAUGAUUAAGGUAUAAAAAUUUAAAUGUCCCCAAACCACUCAUCCUGGAGAUAUAGUGCACGUAUGUGGCUGAAAUCAGAUAAGUGAGUUUGGUUCAAAUGUGCUCUAGCAGAGGAAGGAGCUCCCUGCCCUCAGCAGUGUCCAGGGCUGGAAAGAACCUCAGUAUUGCUUUGUUUGACUAGAAACGCCUGGUUUGUACCUGUUCAGGACGGUCUAACAUGCUAAGCAGCACACUCAGCCUUGCAGAGGUUUAACCAGAAGAUUUUUCAAGUGAGAAGUUACAUAUAUGGAUAAUUUCCAAAGGCCUGUGACACUUUAACUUGCCGAGGCAAUCACUGUGGCACACAAAGAACCUGGCAACUUUACAGGACAGUGUUUAUGUAAGCAUAUUUCUUGACUCUUUUGCAAUGUUUAAUUUAUUUUUUUAACAAAAAGGAGGGUGCAGAGAGAAACAUCUGGUCACUCUAGUUAGUCCAGUCUCAGUGUCAUUUACUGGAGUCACCUGCCUUUUAACCGUGUCCCUGGCACUGCACUGGACCUGGCCAUAAUUAGUUCAGUUUGAAAUACUCCAGAGCCCAACUUGGAAAUUGAAAUCUAUUGCAGACUGAAGCAAACCAGUGAGUAAAAAAUCCAUUUCCUGAACUUUAUUUUCCCUGGUGGUCAUUUAUAUUUGUAAGUUAAAAAUUAUUUUUAGUACUUUCACAUCCCCAGGUGAACUACUGCACCUUUGCCAUGUGCUUGUGUCCCAUUAGAUGGCACAACACAAGGAAUGUGUGACUAUUGUGUAACCUGCAGCAAAAAUAAGUGCUGAAAAUCUGUCAGAUAUGAUAAGAUAAAGGACUUAAUAGAUUAUAUUAUUGUAUACAACUGUGGAGCCUGGGGGAAACCACAGGAAGGCUGGGAAACACAGGUUUUCCAUACAUAAAAAGUUGAAUUAUUGAUAAGAGAGUGGCAUAAGAAGUACAUUAGUAACAUUUGUGGUAUUCCUAUGUCUUAGGACAAACAAUUAAUUCCUGUUUUGUUAAAUUCUGCUAGAAAUUGCCUUAAGUGUGGUUUCAUGGAACAGUCAGCUCACUUCUUUGUCAGCUCACUUGUGUGGUUACUUAUGUAACUUAGAUAUUAAUGAACAAAAACCGAAAACGGAGGUGACCCAACUAUGUGUAAAUGACACUGAUCCCAUCUGCUGCUUUUUAUUAUACUGUCAAACACUGUAUUUGAAAAGGUCAUUUUACAGAGAUUUAUUAAGUGUAGGUGAGUGUCUAUCAAACUUGUAUUCUUGCACUUACAUUAAAAAAUUAGAAUCUGGUUUUGCAAAGCAAAAGCACCCAUGAUAUCCACCGAGUUUUUGAAUUUAGCAGGAAAGGUCAUAAGCUGCCAUCAGUGGCAAAUGAGAUCUGGAGCCUGUUGUGUUUGCUGGUUUGUUUCAUAGAGUGCAGUUUUAUAAACAAUUUCGUAACAGCUUUUUGUGUUUCAAUUUGAGUUUCCUUUUCUGCUAUCUUAAAAUAAUCAAAAGUACUGAAUAUGAAGAAUGUUCAGCACAAAUACCACAGACAAAACUGAAAGCCCCCUGCUUUGUUGCAUUAUGUAACUUUGGACAUAGAAAUAAUACAAAACUGGUGUAUAGAUUAGCAUUUGAGAAACUGCACUUGCUGGUAUCUCAAAUCUGUAUACAGUUUAGAAAAAUACAUGCAACAUGUGCCUCAUCUGUCCAUAUUUGUUUUGAAAUUAUGCCAAUAGAGCUUAAUCCUCUACCACAUUAAGCGAGUGUCCCUUAUUUAUGUGAGCAGUUGCAUCACUCCAGGGAGGCUGUUCAAAGGAGAAAGGAUUGUUUGUGUGUUUGCAGUUUGCCAAAAAGUUUUAAGAGCAGUUUGUCAUUUUAAACCAAAAGAAUGUGAAUGUGUAUUUGGAAGGAAAAAAAAAUACGUCAUUUUCUAGAAUCAAGUUGAGCAAGUUGAUGAACCCAAUUGGUUAUGGGAUACAACACCUGCAGCAGCAGAACUCAAUCCAUCACACAGCCUCCCUUCUGGUUAUCUUCCUAUUUUUCUUUAGCUCUUCUUGCAAGCUGUUUUUUCCUAAUGAUCCACUGAAGAUUGUGAAGGCAAAAGGCCAGUAUAUGUAUGAUGAGAAUGGGAGACAAUACCUUGACUGCAUAAACAACGUUGCUCACGUUGGGCACUGUCACCCUGAUGUAGUAAAGGCAGCCUAUGAACAGAAUCAGUUGUUAAAUACAAAUUCUCGUUACCUUCAUGACAACUUGGUUGAUUAUGCAGAUAGACUUUCAAAAACCCUGCCUGAGAAAUUAUGCAUCUUCUAUUUUUUGAAUUCUGGAUCUGAAGCCAACGACCUUGCCCUGAGAUUGGCACGGCAGUACACAAAACAUGAGGAUGUUAUUGUUUUAGACCAUGCUUACCAUGGACAUCUGACAUCUUUGAUUGACAUAAGCCCAUAUAAAUUCAGAAAUCUAGAAGGACAAAAGGAAUGGGUCCACGUGGCUCCUGUUCCAGACACAUACAGGGGACUUUACAGAGAAGACCAUGAAGAUUCAGUAACAGCCUAUGCUGAUGAAGUAAAAAAUAUUAUUGAGCAUGCACAUAAGAGGGGCAGAAAGAUUGCUGCAUUUUUUGUUGAAUCUCUACCAAGUGUGGGUGGUCAAAUCAUUCCCCCAGCAGGUUAUUUUCAGAAGGUUGCAGGGCAUGUGCACAAGGCAGGAGGCAUAUUUAUUGCUGAUGAAAUUCAAGUUGGCUUUGGCAGGGUUGGCAAGCACUUUUGGGCAUUCCAGCUUCAGGGAGAAGAUUUUAUACCUGAUAUUGUCACUAUGGGGAAGCCAAUAGGAAAUGGGCAUCCGCUUGCUUGUGUAGCAACAACAAAGGAAAUUGCAGCAGCAUUUGCAGCCACAGGAGUGGAGUACUUUAAUACAUUUGGUGGGAACCCUGUUUCAUGUGCCACUGGAUUAGCUGUGUUAGAUGUGAUUGAGAAGGAACACCUUCAGGCUCAUGCCACAGAGGUAGGCAAUUUCUUGAUGAAGCUACUCAAGGACCAGCAAAUCAAGCAUCCCAUCAUUGGUGAUGUCAGGGGUUGUGGCUUAUUCAUUGGAGUGGACUUAAUCAAGGACCAGGCAGAAAGGACUCCAGCCACAGCAGAAGCACAAGAUUUAAUAAAAAGACUUAAGGAAAAAUGUAUUUUACUGAGUACAGAUGGGCCAGGAAGAAAUGUGCUGAAAUUCAAACCCCCAAUGUGUUUUAACAUGGAAGAUGCAAAAUUUCUUGUGGAGACAAUUGACAAAAUACUAACAGAUAUGGAAAAAGAAUGUUUGAACCAUUAGAAAACACCAAUUUCUUCGACCUGAGCAGGUAUUUACCUAUACUCACCCAGUACUACUUAAAAGCAAAGGUUCCUAAACAGAACUUCACAAGCUCUGUCAGAAUAAAUCUUCCUCAGAGAUGCUUGUACUCAAAAGUUUGCAGGAAUUUCUGGGAAUCUACAAGCAUGGACAGUUAUGUACAUCCAGCAUUCACAACUACCUCCCAUCUGACACUUGCAGCAACACUGUGCAUCACUUGUUUGUGAGGGCCAACAUGUCCCAGACAUGACUGUCUCUAGAGCAUGCAAAUGACUGCGCAACCACACAAACAGAGCUUUUCUGCUUGCUGCUCAGUGCCUUCAGGCUCCAGCCAGAAGCUGGUCCAGCUGCACAACCACUUCUCAGCAGAUCUCCCCUCAAGAGUCAUUUCAGGUUCACAGUUGGUAUCUCAUUUUUCACAAUCCAUUCACCCCUAGACUCAAAAGUUUGUGGGUAUCAGAGACAGACUGGUCCUGUUAAGUCUUCAAAGUCUUGUUAUGUCUUCAUCUGUUGAGGUCCCUCAAUAUGUUGCCAAGAAAACAUCUACCUGCAACUCAAGUUUGCUGCACACUCAUGAGCAGAGUGUACACUUAACACCCUUUGGUACACUUAGUACUUCUUCAAACUAGUCUAAAAGACAACCACAUGUUUAGUAGAACUCGGGACAGCUGGGCAAGAAAUGGACCUAAGGUGAUCACUGUGAGCAGUGUAAUCAUUUAGUGGCCUCAACCACCAUGAGAUUCACAGUGCUCUGGCCCUGAGCUAAGGAGAAACAGGUUUUUUAGUUCAAUGUAAUAUUAGUAUAGCAGGCACAAGAAAAAUGUGUUAAUAUUUUAUUUAGCAAGUUAAUGGAAAGACAUACAGCUGUUUAUAUUACUUACUUUUAGGAACAGAAAGAAUACUUAACAGUGCCAGUGCAAAUUAGUGGCCUAAUGAUUUAAUGUGCUUGUCUGUAAUCUAAACUAAGCAAGAAAAAUGCCUUUAUUUUCUACAGGAAACCAAGAAUGCAAAGCCUCUUACUUAGUACAGUACUAGUAAGACACUUACAUAUAAUGUAAGCGAAAAUGAGGCAAUGAAGUAAUUUCUUUUAAUGAUACUUUUACAAAAACCCCGUAACAUUUAUUUUCUUUCCAUAGGUUUCAAACAAUGUUCAAGGUCUACUACUAAGAAACAUUAUUCUACUAUAAUAAUGCACAUUUAAUCUUCAUCUAGUAUGUCUUAGACCAGAUAAGUCACCUUUGAUUUUUCUGUUUUUGCUUAUCUUGUUUUUAGUAAAAGCUCUAGGAGAAAUAAAUUUUACAAGAGCUUGUCUCAACUC